AUGGGGCUUCCUCAUUAUCUCCUCUUCGGCACUGCUGGCCUGCUGGCCAGUGUCAAUGCCACCGGCAUUCCACACUCAAAUCAACACUCGUCCGGCUCAACAUCAUCGUUGAUUGCCACUCAAUAUGGUACAGUAUUCGACACAUCCAUGGUCAUUGGAAAUCAGACAUUCCAAAUGUUAGUCGAUACUGGUAGCAGCGACACUUAUGUUGUGCGGGAUGGUUUCACUUGCAUCAAUAAAACGAGUAACCUGGUCAUCUCUGAGGCAGGGUGUCACUACAAAAACAAAACCUACCACAAUUCUCGAACCUAUCGUCACGUUCCCGAUCAGAUGUUCGGCAUCCAGUAUGGAAAUGGUCUUGCAAGUGGAGAAAUGGCAUACGAGGAUGUGACUCUUGGCGGCAUCACCGUCAAGGGCCAGAAAAUCGGCAUUGCCAACAUUUCCACCCCAAUGGGUGACGAAGUGAACAGUGGUCUGCUUGGUCUGGCAUAUCCCUUAAUUACUUCUGCGCACCCGGCAAACCACUCCUCCAAUAAGACCUACUGGUAUGACAGGCUGCCAUACAAUCCGCUUUUGUUCACAAUGCAUGAAAAGGGCUUCAUCGAUUCCUAUUUCAGCAUCGCACUGGCGCAUACUCCCCAGAAUGCUUCUACUGCCUUCGGCGGAUACUUCACCAUUGGCGGUCUCCCACCUGUAAACCACAGCUCCGAGUUUACUACCGUCCCUGUGGAAAUCAUGAAGAAUAUCCCCAAGAGCUUUACAUCUGGGAAACGCGCUAGAUCCUACUGGGCAACUACAAUCAGUGAAGUCAAAUACGGCUCUUCAUCCGCAGACCUGACAACAAACUCAACUUCUUUCCAAGUAUUCAUCGACUCCGGCAACAACAUGCAGUAUCUACCGCCCGCAGUGGUGGAGCCCAUCAAUGCUCUAUUUGAUCCGCCCGCGAAGUACAACUCAGAUUACGAGGCCUAUGUCGUCGAUUGCUCUGCAAGAGCCCCGGAGUUUGGCCUGACACUGGGAAGUCAGACAUUCUUCCAUAAUGGCGAAGAUCUCAUCUAUCAGACCGGCAAGGGAGUUUGCAUCACAAGUCUCGCCCCGUCGCAGACCCUUCCGCUUGCGGGUGGGAUAACGCUGAAUGUCCUGGGGGUACCCUUCCUCAAGAACGUGGUUGCUGUGCAUGACUUCGGAAAGAAUGAAAUGAGAUUUGCGAAAUUGUUGGGUCCUACUAGUAACUCUACCACUUCGGGGAGUGCUCCGGCUGCGACCGAAACACCUUCCUUCUCUCUGGGCUCGAAAAUUCUCAGCGGUAUUUCUUGGGUGCAAAUUGCAAUGACUUUGGUUGCAGGUCUAUUUGUUAUUUUUUGA